ACUUCUGGCGCUAUUUUUAUGGAUCUAUGUUUUGUGGACUAGACGCAGAUCUUAUUUGUUAACGCUCAAAAUUCCUGGACCACUUGGAUAUCCCAUACUUGGAAUAAUUCCCAAAAUUUAUCGCCGAGAAGAUUGUCUAAAUGAUAUUGGAAAACUAAUAGAGAUAUAUGGCCCGAAUAUGCUCACAUGGCUUGGGCCAGUUCCGUAUUUAGUUGUGACCGAUCCACAAACUACACAGGAUAUACUGACAUCACCACAUUGUGUGAAUAAAGCUACUAUAUACAAUGUUUUCGAGGAUAAUGCUGGUAUUGGACUCAUCAAUCUAAAAGAUAAGCAAUGGAGCACGCAUCGAAAAUUAUUAAAUCCAAUAGUUGGAUUCGAAAUGCUGCAAGGCUUUCAAAGUGUUUUCAAUAGGGAAACAGACGGGCUUUUGGAAAAGCUUGAUAAGCUCGUUAACGAUGGUGAGAAGGACUUGAGUCUUUUAGUGCAAAUGUUCACUUUGGAUAUGGGAAUUGAGAAUAUUAUGUGUGUCGGUACGAAUGAAAAGAAGGACUAUGACAGUAAAAUUAUGGUACAACAUUUGAUACGCAUAAGUCAAACUUCAACAGAUAUGGCACUUUGCCCCUGGCUAAGGAACAGAACAAUCAGACAAAUUUUAGGAAAGGAAAAGCGCUAUGCGGAUGCCAAAUCUGGAUUACGAGAAUUUCUUAAGAAGAUGAUUAAGCAAAAACUGGAUAAGGAUAAUGCAGCUAAUCAACCUUCUGCAGUAACAGAAAGCAACAAAUAUAUAAAUCUUUCCACCGAUCUUCUGAAACGUGGCAUAUUCAGUUCUAAAAAUGUUGAGGAUGAGGCAUUCAUUAUUUUGUUUGCAAUAUUUGAUACCAGCGCGAAUUCUUUGAUAUACACACUUAUGUUGCUUGCCAUGUUCCCUGUAUGCCAGGAGAAGGUAUUUCAGGAGUUAAAGUCCCUUUUUCCCGAAAACGGUGUCUUUGAGGUUACAUUCGCCAGCACACAUGAAAUGGUCUAUUUGGAUAUGGUGAUGAACGAGUGUUUUCGAUUAUUUUCACCGGCGCCUAUUGUUUUUAGAGAGGCAUCGCAGGAUAUUCGGCUUUCCAAUGGCGUUAUAAUUCCGAAAGGACUGCAAAUAGCCAUCGACAUUUUUCACAUGCAACGCAGCAAAACUAUUUGGGGUCCAGAUGCAGAAACGUUCAAUCCUGAUCACUUCUUGCCCGCCAAUAUGCAGGAUAUACAUCCUUACGCUUUUAUACCAUUUACAAAAGGCAUAAGAUAUUGUCUAGGAACUAAAUAUGCAAUGACGUCGCUGAAAGUGACAUUGGCUAAAAUCCUAAGGAAGUACAAAUUUAGCACAAGCAUGAAGUUUGAGGAUCUACAUUAUACUGAACAGAUUACUUUGGGACUUAAAACUACGCCACUUUUUGAACUACAAAGAAGAUACUAAUGCGACCAAGCAAUCCAAAUGAAAAUUUUGUAAAUAUUGCAAAUAAUUUUGAAAGCGUACAAAAUAUAUUGAGGUUACAUGAAUCAAACAUAUACUUGUAAAUAUAAGAGCUCGGAAAAUUUCGUACCUCUUCGGAAUCAAUAAAUGUUGUGUUAACGUAUUAGCUGAA